UCGUUUCUUCAUCAGUAGUUUGUCCCCAAUGCCCCCAUGUUGACGAUAUCCGUUGCCAUGUGCAAAUUAUUAGUUUUUUUGGCUCCCACAACCACCAUUACAAUAAGAGGAAAUAUCUCCUUUGUUCUAUCCCCUCUCUCUCUCUUCAAUAUAAAUGAAGCAGAGAUUCAAUCCCUCCAAUAAUUCUGUCUGCAGAUCAAGGGUGGGGUUUGGUACUAGAAAGAUUAAAUAAUACUCAAAGCUCAUCAUCAAUUCAGUAGAAAGUUUUGAUUUUUGGUUUGGUUAAGAUUUUGCUAAUUGGUUCUCUUCCCUUGUUCCCCCUUUUGGGACUUUUUCAAUAACCCUCGUUGGGCUUUGAACUUCUCUUGGGGCUCUCUCUCUCUCUCUCUCUCCAAAAUGUGGGGUUCUACACUCUUGCCUCCUCUACAGUUGGUUUUGAUCUCUGGGUCGUGAUUUUUGAGUUGUGGGUUUUGUUGGGAGGCUUGUCAUUAUCAUCAGUACACGGACUACAAAGCAUGUCCUUUCAUAGGGUUGUUUUCACUUCAGCUUGUAUGUACUACUAUGUAAAUGGAAGAACUUGUCAAUGCCUCAGUUCAUGAAUUUUGAUGCGAGUUCUCUGUAAAUUUGUUGAUGGGUACUGGGUUUUGUUGCUGGAUUUGGUUUUAAAUCCAUUUUUUGUUUUAGAAAGAUGGAAUCUGGGAGUGAGUUUUACUCAGUUGAUGAGUUUAGGUUGGAUGCAAAAUGGAUGGUUGAUCCCAAGCAUCUUUUUGUUGGGCCAAGGAUCGGAGAGGGGGCUCAUGCCAAAGUGUACGAGGGAAAAUAUAGGAAUCAGACUGUUGCAAUUAAAAUUGUUCAUAGAGGAGAAACCCCAGAGGAAAUUCCCAAGAGAGAAGCCCAGUUUGCACGAGAGGUUGCUAUGUUGUCUAGAGUUCAACAUAAAAACUUAGCAAAGUUUAUUGGCGCUUGCAAGGAGCCUGUAAUGGUGAUAGUUAGUGAGCUUUUAUUAGGAGGGACACUGCGUAAAUAUCUGCUUAACAUGCGGCCCGGAUGCUUGGACGCACAUGUUGCGAUUGGUUAUGCACUUGAUGUUGCUCGUGCGGUGGAGUGUUUACAUUCUCAUGGUAUCAUACAUCGUGAUCUGAAACCUGAAAACUUAAUCUUGACCGGAGACCAGAGAACAGUUAAACUUGUGGAUUUUGGUUUAGCAAGAGAAGAGUCUGUAACAGAGAUGAUGACUGCUGAAACAGGGACAUACCGUUGGAUGGCUCCAGAGUUGUACAGUACGGUUACAUUGAGGCACGGAGAGAAAAAGCAUUACAACCACAAAGUAGAUACUUAUAGCUUUGCUAUUGUGUUAUGGGAGCUGUUACACAAUAAGUUGCCAUUUGAAGGCAUGUCAAACCUACAGGCAGCUUAUGCAGCUGCCUUUAAAAAUGUGAGACCUAGCUUGGAAGAUCUCCCAGAAGAAUUAGCCAUGAUUUUGAGCUCGUGUUGGGAGGAGGAUCCCAAUGCACGGCCCAAUUUCAGCCAAGUAAUACAGAUGCUCCUUCGUUAUCUUUCCACCAUCUCACCUCCCGAACAGAUGAUCCCUUCUCGGGUUUUCACCUCUGAGAACACGGUCUUGCCACCGGAAUCUCCUGGUACAAGCUCUUUGAUGGCGUUACGUAAUGACUCGGGGGAAAGCCCUACCGGAGAGAUGGAAAUCAGACAAAAGGGUUUCUUCUUCUGCUUCAACCAGUGUUACUAACCUUAAAGCCUUCUGAGGGUUCAAAAAAUGCUGCAAGGGAAGUAGCUGUAAUGUAAUACUUGUAUCUUGUUGUGAAGAACCAGCUUGUAGGAUGAAGAGGCUGCCUUAGGCUGCUGUUACUCAAUUUACCCCAGCUGUAUGGUCUUAGUUCUGAUAACUUAGUUGAUCAUUAGCUAAUGUAACAAUAAAUAAAUAAGCCAACAAUCUUGGUCUAUCAUGAAAAGACUUGCACUGAAUAGUUGGGUUUGUUGUGGUUGUUGGUUGGUUCUUGCUGGGUAAAAAAAUAACCAUUGUUGCACGGGUCUUCUGGCCGUUGAAUGUGGUAGUAGGGCUCAUAUGAUGGAUGAUCCAACCCUGGGGGUAGGGUACCGUAUUCUCAGGUAUGAUAGAAACUUAUCGGCAAGUAGGAGGUUUUUAUUUAUUUAAUAUUUUUAUUUAUUUAAUUUUUAUUUAUUAUUAUUUUUUUUUGGGAGCUAAAUUCAUAUCAAUGGGAAGUCUUUGAAUUGAGAAAGCAAUUCUCCACCACAAGAAUAUGAUAUGUUUCAGGAUUCCUCAUAACAAAACCUCCUCCGCAGGAGUAAUCCAACCCAUUCUAGGAGCAGCAGAAGGAAUCUGAUUUCAACUUUCUACUUGGAAGGUUCCAUAACCACUUUCCAAAAUUCCUGAAAAUAAUGAACAGCUUGUUCCAUGAUUAAAACAGGAUUCCAUGUAGCUCCAUUGAACCUUGUGGUUUAGUCCGUCCAAAUUUGUCCAACUAAAAAUAAAUAAAAAUAAAAAUAAAAAUAGACUCAGUAGAGCCUAAUCAGAUAUUAUAAAAACAUUCUGAACAUGGGUUUUUGAUUAAAAAAAAAAAAAAAAAAAACCUAAAACAUUAUCAUGGGUUUUGAUUGAAUUGGACUAUCAAGUGGCUUAUGGUCAUGGACUACUUAAUAAUUUAUCCGGCAUGAAAAGUUUUUCAAUUUAACUUCAGCACUCUUUGAAACAGUCAUUUUAUUAUGCAGAUGACAAACCAUGGUUUAACAUAAAGUAAAAAUAAAAAUAAAAAUUGGAGGUACACAAUAAUUCAAACUAUUUCAAUGCAUUUUCACAAAGUAUGGCUUAAAAAUCAGAAUUAAAUCUGUAAUUUGCACUUUAUAAGGCUUAAAUUACACACACAGAGAGUUAAUGCCCUCCACAUUUUAAGGCAUUUAUGCCUUCCCCCAAAAAAAGGCUGAAUCUACAGUUUGACAAUGACAAAAGAAAUGGAAUCAUAUGCUAACAUUAUCAUUUAGAGAAUAUAUGAAAAAAGGCAUUGUUUGCCUAUAAAUUUGCAGUUCCUGUGUUGAUAGUGUUAGUGAACAGAGCAAAUAGAGCAGAGCAAGCAAAACACAAUGUUGAGAAGCUCUGAUGAUGAUUACAUUGCCAGGCACCACCAAGGUUGGAGCACAACUUCCAACGACUACUACGCUCAUGUUUCCCGGAUAGAGAAGUCGCCGAGCAUCCUCCAUGACGCCCCCCAGUACCCGAAUGUUCACCUGAUCUUCAAGAACAAGGCCGUCCACGAGGAAGAACAAGUCGUCCCCCCCAAAAAACAUGCUCCAGAGGCUAGCAAGAAAGUCCACUUUGUUGAGGCUGAGAAAACCACGGAAUGUGACAGGAAUGGAGGCAGAGGCGGCAAUGCUCAGGAAGACAGCUUCGACGAGGAUGCUAAUGGCUUCAUCACACAGAAGCACAAGAACUUUGAGCUGUGCAAGUGGAGGAGCUUCAAAACGUAGUGAUAGCACACACAUAUUAGCAGCAGGCAAAGUACCACAUAUAUGAUGUUACUAAUUGUGUGGUUAAUUAGUUGGUUAAAUAAAAAUGCCUGUUUUUAGUUUGUA